AUGAAGGCCAGCAUCGUAAAUCUCGCCGUCGGGGCGGCACUGCUGCCCUCGGUGGCGGCGUGGGGAAGUCUCGGCCACAUCACUGUCGCCUACGUCGCCAGCGCCCUGGUCCAAGAGCCCACACAGACAUACCUCCAGGCUCUCCUGCGCAACGAAACCGAGCACUACCUCGCCGGUGUCGCGACUUGGGCAGACACCAUCCGCUACACCAAAUGGGGCCGCUUCACCAAGAACUUCCACUUCAUCGACGCAAAGGACGACCCGUCGUCCUACUGCGGUGUCGACUUUGACCGUGACUGCAAGGCUGACGGCUGCGUCGUCGCGUCCAUCCAGAACUACACGUCCCAGCUGCUCGACACGUCACUGCCGCCCUGGCGCCGCAACCAGGCCGCCAAGUUUGUCAUCCACUUCCUUGGCGACAUCCACCAGCCAUUGCACACGGAAAACGUCGCCAUGGGCGGCAACGGCAUCCACGUCCGCUUCGACGGCGUCGAGCUCAACCUGCACCACGUCUGGGACACGAGCAUCGCUGCCAAGUUCCUCGGUGGGGUGCAUCGCGUGCCGUACCAUGAUGCCUCGUUGUGGGCCGACAGCCUCGUCAAGGACAUCCGCACAGGCAAGUUUGCCGCUGCUCGAGAUGAGUGGCUGGCUGGUCUCGACGUCGAGGAUCCCAUCGGCUCGUCAAUGAUCUGGGCGAAUCAGUCCAACGCAUACGUCUGCUCACAUGUCCUUCCAGAAGGUCCAGCUGCAAUCGUCGGCAAGGAAUUGGGUGGUGCGUACUUCGACGAGGCAGGUCCUGUGAUCGAGGUGUCCGUCGCCAGGGCUGGCGUCCGCCUGGCGGCAUGGCUGGACAGCAUCGUGGCGAAACUCCUCCUCACGCCCGGCGCAGAGGAGGGGAUGCUGUCGGUGGCAUCUCAGAGCUGGGGUGAGGAGUACGACGAUGUCGAAGCUCAAGUCGCGCAGCUUGAGGCCAGACCAUCAAGUAUUGAGGCUUCAUCGGCGCAGGUCGUCAUGGAGCUGUGA